AUGACGGUGACGACUUUGAGCAAGACGACUACGACGCCGACGACGGCUGCACCGCCUCGCGGUCGCCCCGUGAGCGGCCGCGUGUGGAAGAAAGUGCAGAAGACGCGCUUCUCGUCGCAAGGGGUGAAAAGCGCGAAGGUGCUGAGCUCGACGUGGGACGAGAAACUGCUCAAGCGCGCGAAGCUCAAGGAACUGAAAGAGCUGCAGACGGAUAUCAAGGCCCGACAACAGGCAGAAUGCGAGGCAAAGCGCCAGGCGCGUGAGGAGAAGGAGAAGCGUCGGAAGGAGAACGAGCUCAAGUCGGCGUCCGUGCAAGUGCUUUCACGUACGCAUCGACUCAAGUCAAUGAGCAAGAAACAGCUACGCAACAUCAAAAAGACGAUUGUGAACAAACAGGGCGUGGUGGAGUAUGUGCCCGUGUACUCCAAGUAG